CGCGCGCGGUGUUAGGGAGCGGUUGGCCAACAUGGCGGCGUCGGAGGAGGACGGGGGCUUCGGGGACGGGGAGCGGCUGGAUUUCCUGAAGGAGCGGCACGUGCGGUUCUUCCAGCGCUGCCUGCAGAUCCUGCCCGAGCGCUAUUCGUCCCUGGAGACCAGCAGGUUGACGAUUGCUUUUUUUGCACUCUCUGGUCUGGAUAUGUUGGAUUCCUUAGAUGUGGUGAACAAAGAGGAUAUAAUAGAAUGGAUUUAUUCCCUGCAGGUCCUUCCCACAGAAGACAGAUCAAACAUGCAUCGCUGUGGAUUCCGUGGUUCUUCGUAUCUGGGAAUGCCAUUCAAUCCGUCCAAGGGUCCCGGCAUUGCUCAUCCCUAUGAUAGCGGGCACAUAGCAAUGACUUACACUGGCCUUUCCUGCUUAGUUAUUCUUGGCGAUGACUUGAGCCGAGUAAAUAAAGAAGCCUGCUUGGCAGGACUAAGAGCUCUCCAGCUGGACGAUGGGAGUUUUUGUGCAGUCCUGGAAGGAAGUGAAAAUGACAUGAGAUUUGUGUACUGUGCUGCUUGUAUAUGCUACAUGCUUAACAACUGGUCAGGGAUGGAUACGAAGAAAGCCAUUGACUAUAUCAGGAGGAGCAUGUCUUAUGAUAAUGGACUUGCCCAAGGAGCUGGACUUGAAUCUCAUGGUGGCUCUACUUUUUGUGGUAUUGCGUCCCUAUGCCUAAUGGGUAAACUUGAAGAAGUAUUCUCUGAGAAACAGCUGGACAGGAUAAGGAGAUGGUGCAUUAUGCGGCAACAAAAUGGAUAUCAUGGCCGACCUAACAAGCCUGUGGAUACCUGCUACUCAUUUUGGGUUGGAGCAACUCUUAAGCUUCUGAAAAUAUUUCAGUAUACAAACUAUGAAAAGAACAGGAAUUACAUUUUAUCAACCCAAGAUCGCCUUGUUGGUGGAUUUGCUAAAUGGCCGGAUAGUCAUCCAGAUGCUCUGCAUGCCUACUUUGGGGUCUGUGGCCUGUCGCUAAUGGAGGAGUCUGGCAUUCGCAAGGUUCACCCCGCCCUGAAUGUAAGCACACGAACCUCGGAGCGCCUUCUGCACCUUCAUCGGAUCUGGGCAACCAAGGACUCUAAACAGUGUUCAGAUACUGUGCACGAUGCCACAUGACUGAUUUCAGACUCCAGUUGAGCUUGGUAGCAUAAUUGUAGCCCAAGGUUAAAAGCCAUGUAUAACCAAUGUGCUCUUUUUAAGUGCUGGAAUCAUACAAUCAAGUUCAUGUCACUGGCAUCAUUCAGACAGCAAAUGGCCUUCAGCCAGUUUUCUGGAUUGGAAUUCUAAAAAAUUGCUUGCCCCUACAGAUGCUGUCUCUGUUUCAACGAAUCUCUUCAAAGCAACGUUGUUCUAUUAUGUUACUUUAAACUGUGCAAUGGCAAAGUGUAAUGAUAAUAAAAAGGAUAUUAAAAAUGUAUUUAAGUAUUUUCAUACUUAAUCCCUUGAAUUUACUGAAAUUUAUUUGAUACAUCCUUCAUAUAAAAUCUUAUAAAUCAAGUGUUGAUUACUAAAAAAAAAGGUGUCAUUUUAAGGUAGAUGACAAUUCUAUAACCUUUGUAAAAAAAAAGAAAUAAAAUAAAAUAAAAAAUAUUUUAUUCAUUAUAAUGGACCCAAUAUGUUUGCAUUAUUUUUAGGCACCUUGGUUGCUGCUAGUUGGAAUAUUUUGAGAUAACACUUGGAGUAUCACACUUUUAACUGAACUUUAAUGCUAUUUUAAGAUGUAUCAUGCUAACUGAAGAGAAAUAACUAAAAGAAAAAAGUAUUGCAGUUGAUGUGAUUUGCUGCAGAAAAUUGAACCAAGUAGUGCAGUAUUUCCUGCAUUCUGUGAUCUUAUUUAUCCCACACAAUCUAAUACCGGUGCACUUCACUGAAAUGAGUGUAGACAGCAGUUUUAACUGCCCUUUGUUUUUGUCACUUCAUUUUGGGACUUUUUCUGCUGCUUCCUGUAUUAUUAGGGGAGUUGUCCCACUGUUUCUGUGCGCACAUUCAAUAACCUCAUUUUAUUUGCCCUUUUUUAAAGCAAAGGAGCUAUAUUUCAUUUCCUCGUUUUGCAAAUUGCAUCACAUUUAUUUGGUGUUCUCUAAGCCUUCUUGGAGCUACCGUAAUUCCUGCGUUCAUAAACCAUGGUAUACGGAGUCGGGAACAAGGGUUGGGGCCAAGCACACUUUUCCCACCCCUUCAUUUCUCCGUUAUUUUUGGAGUUUCUUAACUGACAUUAAGCCAGCAUUCCCUGAUUUGAACUAACAGAACUGUUACAAACUAGAUUAGAAUCUUUGUGCUCAAGCCAUUGUGGAACGGGAAUGGGUGAAGCAUGCUGUUGUGGUGUUCAGAAGGGCUUUUUAAAAAGCAGACAAGCAAAAAAGCUUGGUCUCCCCAUGCUAAACUAAAACUCGAGUGUUUCUUUUGAAAGUGUCUUCAGUAGAAGUACAAUUGUUGGGUACAAAGGUGGUUCAGAUUCUGUUAAUAUAAUACUAUGCAAGUCUGAGUUCUGAUAAGCUGCAAUUUAGACAACAACCUACCUUAAGUCUUCCAAAGGGGGACCAGGGAUAAACUUGACCUUUUAUUUGCUUGUGUCUCAUUAUACUCUCAAGCUGAUGAAUCUGCGAAAUGUGGAUUCUGGGAUUUGUUACUUCUUACCGGUAGGUAUCUGUGAAAAGACCAUUUGAAGUUUGAAACAUGGAAAUCAGAAACAUUAAAGUUAAACCAAUACAGUAAUUUUAAUUUUUGAAUUGCGAAAAGCAAACAGGUCUUUUAAAGCAGAGUUUGGAUGGCCACCUGUCAGGGAUUCUUUAACUGAGAUUCCUGCAUUGCAAGGGGCUGGACUAGAUGACCCUUGGGGGUCCCUACUGUACAAUUUUAUGAUUCUAACAGAUGAGAUGACUCUUAACUAAAUAAGCAUAUUUAAACAAGAAAUAAUGCAGUGGUACUUUGCACUAGAAUUGUACUUUUUAAAAAUUAUUGCUGUUCUAAAUAUAUAUUCCUCUCAAGUGUCAGAGCUCAUUUAAGGCAACUAAUAAUUUGUAAGGCUCUGCUAGCACUACUUCUGCUGUACAAACUUGAAAGGUGUGGAUGUCAUUAUUAAAUUUAGCAGAAUGCAGCUAAGCAAAUCAUAAGCACUGAAAGUUUAACAAAUGUUAACUUGAUUCCUGGUCUCUAUGUAAUCCUCCUGCAGUUUAGCUACAACCAACCAAAGUAUAUUGCCUUUGGUGCAGCCCAUCUUAAUAGGCCCUAAAAUAAACACAGCUACUAAGAAGAAAGGAUUUAGUAGGAGGCAGAUUUUAGAUAUGGCCUGGAGCAUUUAUUGUUGUAUCUGUGAGAUUAUAUCACUGUGUAGUUCACAGUGCCCUAAAAUACAACACACGCAUUCUUUCUAAUGUUAAAUAUAAAAUUGGAACUUCCGUUCCACCCCCGUUACCAGUUAAUUAUUGUUAUCUUAUUUGUGUGUAUGCAGGGGCUUUUUUUCAGCCGGAACUCACCAGAACUCGGCUCUGGCACCUCUCCAGUGAGCGCCAUUGCCAUUAUAAGAGAACAAGGCAGGCAUACAUGGUGAGUUCUGGCACCUCUUUUUCUAGAAAAAAUAGCAAUGUGUAUGUAACAUGAAAGGGACCCAGGUGGCGCUGUGGGUUAAACCACAGAGCCUAGGCUACGGCUUGCUGAUCAGA